AUGAUUCCUCCUCUCCUCUGGUUGUCUGCUGCUCUCCUCUACCUGUCUGCGUCUCUCGUCUCUCCACACUAUGUCACCUCUCCUCCUCCACUCGCAUCAAACUACAUACAAUCACCCGUCACAAUUGAUAACGGAUUAAUUGGUAAGGAAGAGAGAGCUACAGUAUAACAUGAGCAAUCAUUCAUUUUUCUUUGAAUUUUGAAGGGCUUAACAUGAGCAAUCUUCCAGUUUCUUUGAACAGAUUACUGUAUGUCCCUUUAAGAUAAAUGUAAAGAUAAAGUUUAAACUGAGCAAUCUUCUCUGAAAUUCUAUUAACAUGAGCAAUAAAGUACUGUAUGUCCCUUUAAAACCUUCAUUUUUCUUCUCAUAAAAAUACCUGCCUUCUAGCUUAUUUCCUCCAGAAAAUGUUACUACUAAUUAUAAUUAGUAGGCUUUUCAAUUUCUAAUGGAAAAUGGCAAUUUCUAGAAUAAUAAUCGGGUUAGGUAAGAAAGAUGAAAGUGAAAAAAAUUAUAUAAAUUAUUUUUGAAGAAAAAAAAACAGAUAUUUAAAGGGACAUACAGUAAUCUGAAGCUGGAUAUUUGGAACAAAAAAGUUUUGCUCAUGUUAAAUCAAAUAUGAUGAUUGCUCAUGUUAGUUUUGAAUUUUAAAAAAAUCAUUGCUCAUGUUAAGCCUAUAAUUUCGAAUUAAAAAUUCGAGAACUUUCUAGAAAAUUAUAUCAUUGCUCAUAUUAGAACUGGAAUUUCAUAAAGUUCCUAGAUUGCUCAUAAUAAAGAUAAACUAUUGAACUAUCCGAAUUGCUCAUGUUAACCUCAAAAAAUUCUAGAAUUUUGAAUUAAAAAUUCGAAAACUUUCUAAAAAAUUAUAUCAUUGCUCAUAUUAAAGCUAAACUUUUAAAAUAUCCGAAUUGCUCAUGUUAAGCUCAAAAAAUCCUAUAAUUUUAAGUUAAAAAUUCAAAUUUCUAGAAAAUUAAAACAUUGCUCAUGUUAAGCUCAAAAAGUGGUUUAAAAUUCCUAGAUUUCUCAUAUUAAAGCUAAAUUAUAAAAAACAUGCGAAUUGCUCAUGUUAAGCCAAAAAUAGCAUAUAAUUUUGAAUAAAAAAUUCAAAUUUCUAGAAAUUUGACCAAUUGCUCAUAUUAAGCUUUAAAAAAAUGGAUUAAAAUUCCUAUAUUGCUCAUAUUAAACUAAAUCAGUAAAAUAUCAGCAUUGCUCAUGUUAAACAAAAAAAAAAUCAUUUAAAAAUAUUAAAGGAACAUACAGUAUCCCUACCCCUCCCUUUAAAUUAACAAAAUCUAAGGAUUGCUCAUGUUAACAUAGGAAUCUUAAAGGUACAUACAGUAUCCCCACCCCAUUCCUUUAAAUAAACCAAAUCUAAUGAUUGCUCAUGUUAACAUAGGAAUCUUAAAGGUACAUACAGUAUCCCUACCCCUCCCUUUAAAUCAGAAAAAUCUAAGGAUUGCUCAUGUUAACAUAGGAAUCUUAAAGGAACAUACAGUAUCCCCACCCCAUUUCUUUAAAUUAAAAAAUUUAAUUAAAGGAACAUACAGUACUCCCAACAUUUUUUUGCAGGUGAGCCUGAAGUCGUCUGCGAAACCUCGGCCAUCUCACUCCUCUUCAAAACCAAACAAGGUUUCCCGGGAAAAGUGUUCGUAAAAGGCCACGUGGCAGAUCCGGCAUGUAUUACUGUAGGUGAUGGCAAUAAACAAUCGCAUCGAUUCGAAGUUCGACAUGAUUCGUGUGGUGUGAGAAGACAAAGGGAAAUUGGAGGAGUUGUCAUAUCUGCUACUGUUAUCAUCUCAUUUCAUUCGGUGAGUUUGCGAUUUUUGAGAUCAGCGUGAAAUUUUGAUCUAGAAAUUUGGUUUUGGGUCUAGAAAGCCUGGGGGCUCCUGCGGUUUAGGCUCCGCCCACUUUUCUGAAAAUCUAGAAGCUCUCGGAGUUAACUGAUAAUUUCACAGUGUUCCUGAGAAGAUUUGGAGACUUUUGAGCCCCAUAUUGAUAUAGUUAGCUCAUCUUAGAGCGGAGAUAGCGAUUUAGGCCCCGCCCACUUUUCCGUGCCGCAAAAUCUAGAAGAUUCCCGAGGUAGCCGUUAAUCCCACAGUGUUCCUGAGAACUCAGGCAAAUCGUCCCACCGGUGUAACACCAAAUCUCCACUCACUCAACACCUUCUCUUCAAUAAUCCCACCGGUGGGCCCACCGGUGGGAAACCGGUGGUCACAAAUUUGAUAAUAGCACCGGUGUACCACCACCUUAACACUCGCUUAACACCGUUUGAACACCGUCUGAACACCAAAAAGAGGUGUUCCACCAGUGUUUUUGUUUAUUUUUCCCACCGGUUUCCCACCGGUGGGCCCACCGGUGGGACGAUUUGCCUGAGAAGAUUUACAGAUUUUUGAGCCCCAUAUUUUUGAAGUUAGCUCAUCUUAGAGCUGAGAUAGCGAUUUAGGCUCCGCCCACUUUUUCAGUAUAGCUAGGGGGUACCAUAUUUUUCUAGGAAGGCCUGGAGAACCCUUGAAAAAUGUCCCCCGGUUCAAAAUUACACGUAGAAUCCGGUUUUCCAGGUUCCAGGGGCUGAAAAUCAAGUCUAAGGGUGGGAAAACACCCAAAACCUAAUUUUUUGGAGUGAACGGGGGGGGGGGGUACCAUAUUUCGUUAAUAAUCUGUAGAGAGCGCUGAGAAAAUGUCUCUGGGCUCAAAAUUUCACGAAGAAUCGAUUUUUCCAGGUUGCGGGGGCUGGAAAUCAAGUCUAGAUGUAGAAAAACCUCGAAAAUCAUCUUUGAAGUGAACAAGAGAGGGGGGUACCAUAUUUCAUUAAAAUUCGGUAGAGAGCCCUGGGAAAAUGCCCCGCUGGCCUAAAAUUCUACGUAGAAUCCAAUUUUCCAGGUUCCGGGACCUGAAAAUCUGAUCUAAGGGUAUAAAAAUCAUUUUUGAAGUGAAUUGGGGGGGGGGGUACAAUAUUUAUUUAAAAAUUCAUAGAAAGUCAGGGGAAAAAUCACCCUGGCUUGAAAUUCCACGUAGAAUUCAAUUUUCCAGGUUUCAGGGGCUGAAAAUGAAGUCUAGAGGUAGAAAAACCCAAUUUUUUUCUCGCAAAACCACGUGUGUGGUACCAUAAUUCUCUAGGCAACUCUCAUGAACGCAAGGAAAAUACCUCAGGGGGCCCCAGGCUCAAAAUUCCACGUAGAAUCCAAUUUUCCAGGUCCCAAAGCUCAAAAAUCACUCCAAACCUAAUGUAAUUCCAGAUUUUCAUAACAAAAGUGGAUCGUGCCUACCGUGUCUCAUGUUUCUACGUAGAAGGCACCAAAAAAGUGCACAAUCACCUGGACAUUUCCGCAUUAACCACUCAAUUACUCGAAUCCCAAACCAAUCUACCAAUUUGUAAAUACGAAAUUCUUUCCGAUCCUCAAGGUCAACCAAUCAAAUAUGCGAAAAUCGGUGACACAGUCUAUCAUAAAUGGACAUGUAUACCAGAAAUGGAUAAUAUGUAUUGUAUGCGUGUUCAUUCGUGUACUGUAUAUGAUGGACAAGGUGGUCCACCGGUUACUGUAAUUGAUUCGAAUGGUUGUAGUACGGAUGGAAUUAUUUUGCAAAAUUUGGAAUAUGGACAAGAUUUGAUGGCCGGGAGAAGUUCACCGGUUUUUAAAUUUGCGGAUAAAGCUGGAUUGUAUUUUAAUUGUCAAAUUAUGUUAACUAUUAAGGAUGUCGAUUAUGGUUGUAGUAAUACGGUAAGGUUCUUGGGAGAGGGGGGAUUGCUCAGGUUAACAAGAUAUUUUAUAUAUUUUUGGGAGAAGUCAGUUAGUUUCACAAGCAUGACUCAUUUUAUACUAGACUCUAUAGUUAACCUGAACAAUGCUUCUUCAGGUAUUGAAGGGGGAUUGCUCAGGUUAACAAGAUUCCUCGUAUUUUUAAAAACAGAAUUUUUUUGUGCCGGAAAUUUUCCAGAAAAUAUGCUCGGAAAAUCCGGAAAAUGAUAUUUUUGGAAUUAAAAAUUUUUUUUUUUUUUUUUUUUUAAUUUUACGAUUUUUUGAACGUAAAACGUCUCUCAAAUAGUUACCGUAGAUAAAAAUAAGUUUUGAGGCUGAAAAUCGAAAUUUCAGAAUUUUCCAAAUUUUCCGGCACAGGCCUGGUCGGAAAAUUAGUUCCACGAACAUUGCUCAUAUUAUACUAGACUCUGUAGUUAACCUGAGCAAUGCUUCUUCAGGUAGUUGAAGGGGGAUUGCUCAGGUUAAUAAGAUUCCUAGGAUUUUUGUAAACAGGCCUGUGCUGGAAAUUUUUCGAAUUUCCGGAAAAUGUGCUCGGAAAAUCCGGAAAAUGAUAUUUUUGGAAUUUAAAAAUUUUUUUUUUUUUUUUUUUUUUUUUGAACGUAAAACGUCUCUCAAAUAGUUAUCGUAGAUAAAAAUAAGGUUUGAGGCUGAAUUUCGAAAUUUCAGAAUUUUCCAAAUUUUCCGGCACAGGCCUGGUUGGAACAUUGCUCAUAUUAAUCUACUAGACUCUAUAGUUAACCUGAGCAAUGAUUCUUCAGGUAUUUGAAGGGGGAUUACUCAGGUUAGGGAAUAUUUUUAAUGAGCUUUGAGACUAUUGCUCAUUUUAAAAAUUUUCAAUGGCUCAGAUACCUGAAAUUGUGACUAACCUGAGCAAUCCAUACUCCUACAUUGCUCAUAUUAACCUAUAGUUAUUCUCCCCAGCAUGAAUAAUUAACAUGAGCAAUCCUAUCAUCCUACAUUGCUCAUAUUAACUUUCCAGCAACCCCAAUGCUAUCCAGCAGCUCCACCGCAAUACGCCGUCGAACCCGCCGCCAAAACCACCGAAACCUACGCAACACCUUCCGACUCCUACAGUACCACCACUGAACACGAGUCGGGUUAUCCGACCCGCGCCUAUCCACCCGCCUCACAUCCCGCUUCACCCGCUCCACCACCAAGAGGCGGAGCGUCCGGAAGCGGAAGCGGAAGCGCGGGAGAAUACUAUCCGGAACCACAGCAAGGCGGAAUUUUGGGAGGUGUUCCGGAUAGUGCUUAUGAGGUGCAAGGAUAUAAUGAUACGGAUCCAGUGAGUACAGUACUACAGUAACCCAAAGGUUAACCUACAGUACCCCUAAAAUCCACAUUCCAGCCUUUCACAACUUCAAGUUCAUAUGCUGAAGAUUCCUCUUCCACCUACAGUAGACUAAUCAAAAGAAACACCAAAGAGCCGGUUACUGUAGCGGAUUUGGACCUGCCCGAAAAAGGGAUCCUCGUAUUUGGUCUCGAAGAGAAUCCAGAAGACUCCACAGAUUUUUCGACACUAGACUUUCUCCCGAAUUCUCGACGCACAUGUUUCAGCAAUUUCCGAAUCUAUGGAUCUUUCCUCGUUUUGACUACUGUAUUUUUGGUUACUGUAGUUGUGUUUGUUGUGAUUCUCAACAAGCAACGACAAAUUAUUGCGCAAUCUGCGUUUUUUGCAGCGAAAAAUUAG